AUGGAGCAAUGGUCUCUUCGUUUCCCGAUGAAUCCAGCUCACCAAUUGGCUUUCUCUCUUUCCAAUGGAGUAAUGGUCUCUUCGUUUCCCGAUGAAUCACCAGCGACAACAACCGGAGCGUCGCUAUCACCAGCUCACCAAUUGUUACCACGGGGCGACCUCCAACCAGCAACAAAACCAAUAAUCAAUAAUCACCAUCACUGGUCAACCCCGACUCGACAACGCCUCCGGCGGGAAGGCCCCGACAGCGAACGCCUCCCUCGACCGUUUCUAGCAGGUAUCCACCCAUGUAACACCCAGACCUCCAGUCAAUCUCCAAGCCACCCAUCGUCACCAUUUGAUCUGCAACUCAACCACCUUCAACACCAAUUGACCCAACUGAACAACUCCAAGUCGCCAGAGAAGGCGCUGAAGAACCAAUCCCCACCGGGACCACCGGACGAUCUCCAACCUCUGUGUGUUAGAUCGCCACCAGCUGUCACCUCUAGUUCAGACGAAACGAACCCAAGAUGA